GCACAGGCCCGUCCGGGAACCUGGUGGAGACGUUCGCCGGCAGCCGGACAUUUCCGACGUUUGCAACCCCCGCACUCUGCCCAAAAAUUGUUACCGCCAUCCGUAAACCGGGCAAAGUAGCCUUCUCGAUAUGGCUUUACCACCAGCUUCAACAGUCGACUCGCUCAAGUUCUUUGAAGAAAACGGCUACUUUUCCGAUGACUGCGCGGCGAUCGGCCGCCUGGUCAUAGAUCAGGAAACGAAGGGGAACGUGGAGAGCUCCGAGACUCUGAACCUGGCCAAGUCCAUCCUUCUCCAUGAGCGCUGUGGAGCGAUCCUCGAACCGUACCUUAAUUGUCCAAACAACAUAGAGCUCUGCGUUGCCCUUGGGCCUGACAAAAACCACUGUUUCGUCUUUACAUUACAAUCAGGCGAGACAGACCGUAUCAUCAUCCACAUGUGGAGUCCUCGAUCGCAGGGCGAGUUGUACCGUGGCUCUCAUGUCGACCUUCCAGGGCAACGCGCUUUGAUCGCCGCCCCGGCAUCUAAUGGCUUGCUUGAGCCUCCAAGUGCCAUUUUAAGGAUGAGAGAGAACAAUCCCAUCACAGUUACAAUGGCGAACGGUGGCAUCACAAUAACGGACCGACGAUUUGUAUUCCGAAUCCUACAAGGUUCUACGAUCUCGUUUGACUUGCGCAAGGAAAAGAACCCCUCAGAAGUCGCGGGCAAGAAAAAGAACCCCUCAGAUGUUGCCGAGUUCACAUUGGCCAACAUGGAUUCCAUGGUAAUGGGGGGCAGAAGCGCUCCCGACGAUGGGGAUAGAAGCUGAUGAUACGGCUGAAUAUAUUGGAGCCUGGGUAAGCUCAGGCUGUACCGCCUGGGUCUGAGUAGAGGAGUAGUCGCGAUAAAUGGGAGCCGACUGAAACACCGAAGGAUCUUGUUCGGCCGGGACAGAUCUGUUCUGGAAGUAUAUCGCGGCGUCGACAUUGAACGAUGCAAUGGACUGAUCGCAAGAAAAUGAUGUCGCCGGCGCGGAUUGCAAGGGCUGAUUGGAGCUUACUUUGGUGUGGUUUGUGACUUCCUGUGCGGGAUAGCCGGAAUUUGCUGGUCUCGUUUCUGUGGCCACACCAGCAGUCCUUCUCAUGUUCCGUAGCCUUUCUCGAAUACGCUGGCGUAUUGCUCUGCGUCGCUUCUUGUGGGUACUCUUGUCGCGGCAUUUGUGGCUCAGAUACUUUUUUGCCUGCGUGAAGACAGUGCCACAGCAUGUCUCA